UAAACCGUCUGACAGGAAGAGGAAACACACGGCCGAGGUUGCAGAGGGCGUAGCACCUGCGGAGGGCACAGGGAAGCCACCCGUCCAGAAAGCUAGAGAAGAAGAGACAGCGGUCCCAGACGGGGGAGAGCUCAGAGAGUAACGCACAGGGAGACAUGCCAUCCAAGCUGAGGAAGACGAGUGAGGGGAAGGAGGAUGACAAGGUGGAGAGCGAUGGGAAAGACCUGCAAGUCAAGGGUGAGGAAGAGGAGGAGAAGAUGGACAACUCCCUGCUGAAAGCCAAGAGGACAAGGAAGAAGAAGCACAAGGAGAGGGUGAAGAUCAGGGAAGAGGUUGUGUUACUAAAGGAAAGACUGGCUGAAGCUGGAGUAUAUGACCCUGCAGAAGAGGAGCAUGGGAGCUCCGAAGACUUGCUUGACCAAGUUCCACCACAAGGGGGCAGGAGGGAAGAUGGAGAUGGAAACCAGUCUGCAACAGACAUGUAAAUUCAUAUACUGAACAAAAAUAUAAACGCAACAUGUAAAGUGUUGGUCCCAACAUACAUGACGUUUCAUGAGCGGAAAUAAAAGAUCCCAGAAAUGUUCCAUACGCACAAAA